AUGGGCAAAAAUCAGAAUGUCGAGCCCAAGUUUAAGUUAUCCACGACGACAGCGGACUCGGUUCAAGAUUAUUUAUUUGUGUUGCAAGAUCCCAAAGGCUGGAACACGCUUCCAAAGAUUCAAGCCGCGGUGUCAUCAUUUAUUUCAGCCGAGAAGUCAGCGUCUGCUUCUCCCGCGAAUCAAAGGAACGGCUCUAUACCUCCGACCGGAAAGAACGUUCCUCUGAGGAAGAAUCCAACUCAAAAGGAGCUCGAGACACGCAGGGAGAUCCUUACUCGGGACAAAUACUUGGCCGAUCGUCACACGACGCUUGUGCUGCAAGAGAAAUGUAUAACCGAAGAGGAAUUCUGGGAGCUCAGAAAAAUGGCGCAGCAAAAAGGCAGGUCCUCCAUAAUACCUACCUUGCGUCCGGUGACUGAAGAAGGUGGGGAUUCUAAAGUUAACAUUCACAAAUCACUGAUCGAUGAAAUAUUUGAUGAAUAUCCGCGUGUAAAGGCGGCGUUCGAUGAAUAUGUAAAGAAACAGAAAAUGUUAUCUGAAAGUGAAUUUUGGAAGCGAUAUGUUCAAUCAAAAUUCAAUGAUCGAUCAAAUGGCUCUCUGGGGAUCAGCGACGAGAUAUUUGAUAAAUGCUGGACGGAGACGGAAAAGGAUCUGAACAAUGAAGACGAGCCAGAACGUAAGAGGAUAAAAAUUAGCAUUCUUCGAGAUUUGAACGCCACAAAGGAAGACCACGUAGAGGUCGAUCUUGAACACGACAUCACCAUGAAGCCUGGACGACAGGCUAAAAUCAUUUCGCUGAUUAGACGUAACAAUCGGCAUGGUUCACGAAUAUUAGAAGCCUCCAGGAGGAAUGAGAUUCAGAAAACCAAGGAAUACACAAAUGAGAUUAUGAUAGAAGAUCUAAACUCUGAACAGCCCACCGAAAGACCCGUGUUGGACAUAAAAGAUCAACGGGAGUAUUUUUCGGGUCAAAAGUUGGAUCGCGACUAUGAUGUCGAGAUGGAUGAUAUUGAGAAGACAAGUGAGAUUCUCAAUGAUUUCAAGAAUUCAUUUGCCAACUGGAAAUCAGACCUAUCAGGG